AUGUUCGUCAUUAUUUUCAUAAUCGCUGCACUUUUUAUCAUAUUUGGAAACAACAUAUCAGUGAGUGAUUUUUCUGGUAUUUUAAUAUGUCUGGUGAAUACUUAUGGGCUUAUUUACGUGUUCAUCUACUUGGGACUCUGGAAAGCUCCCAACUCACAAAAAGAAAUCGACGAACUUUACGUUCGAGGUCGCGAAUUGGACGAAGAUAAAUUCGACUUUGAGAUGCAAGUCGUGUCUAUUAAAUGCAACUUGCGCGAGGUUAUUUCUUCUCUAAAACAAUCGCAUCGCGACGAAACACUCAUCCAACUCGCACAAUCAAUUGUGGACAGCAUGCCGGACGAUGAGGAAAUCAAUCUUUCGCGUCACAUCAAAGGGCAUGUUGACAAGCAUGGAUGGAUUACCAUAGAUGAAGCAGCUUCAGAAAAAGCCGUGAUUUCUGCAUUGUCAAAACUGAACUCCAAAUCGAAGCAUAUUUGCUUGGUUUAUCAAAGAAAAAUGAUUCAGUACAACGAGCUUCUGAACGAAAUUGCCAAAAUCAGAAAGUUUUCUGGAAAUACAGAAAUCCCUCUGGAAACGCACCACAGUCUUCAGGACCGGUGCUACUGGCUCUUCGUUCGAUUGGGGAUUCAAUGCCGAAUUCCUCUCCUUUAUAUCGGAUUUUUCGUUUCCUGCGUUUUCUCAGGCCUGACUUUAGGGAGCGAACUCACGACGAUUCUUUUCAAUCUGACAGGGAAAUCGCUCUCUCUGCUUUCUUGGUCGUGCUCUUCGUCGAUCGCCCCCGGCUUCCGCGUCUUUUUCACGUGUUUGGUGUUGAUCUACGUCUCUCUCUGCUUCUUCCUCGGGUUUUUCUCGCUCCCCGUCCCUCUCCUCACCUCCUUCGCGCUCUAUCCGCAUCAUUCGGACGUCUACGCGCUGUCCUCCGCGGCGAUCGCGCUGUGCCGCUGUCAGUUUUCCCUGUUUUACCACUAUUUUAAUCUGCUGCAGCUCCCAGAUACGUUCUACAAUCAAAUCGCGCUGUCGAAAUUGCUGGGGGAGAUGAAAACGAUUCCGCUGCUGGGGACGCAGUUCAACAAUUUGAUGCCGGUGCUGGUGGUGGGAAUGGCGGCGUUGACGCUGUGCUGGAAGCUGUUUCGGAAGGUUCGACGCAAUCCUGAUUUGAUAAAGGAGGGCAAGCAGGUUGUGGAUUUGUCGCUGCGAAGAAUGGGGCUGGGUGAAUCGGAUUUGGAGAGUGAAGUGAUGAAGAAGAAGACGUAUGUGUAUAGAGAAGUGGUGUAUUCAAAGAAGUGUUCGUGUUUGUUCCAACAAACAGGCGAGGAAGAAUCGCUCUGUGGUUAA